AUAAAGGUAUUCUAAAAAAGACCAUGAAGUGUGGAGUCUGCAAGCUGCAUAUGAGGCUUGAGAAGUGCAGGACUGCUGAUGGAUUACGCUGGACAUGCACCAAGUUCCACAAAAAAGUGAAAAAGUCUGUACGACAGAACUCCAUUUUCUACAAAUCACACUCAAGUUUGAAAAAAUGGAUGCAGUUCAUUUACAGGUUUUCACAAGGACUUCGCCUUCGUCAACUGGACAUGAUAAGUGAUGGAAUUGCUGGAAGCUCUGUUACUUUGACAAGAAUGGCACAGAUCAUGAGAGAGGUUUGUAUUACAGCUCACACUCGCAUGAAACAGAGAGGAAUGAAAAUGGGUGGCCCUGGGACCUUUGUUGUCAUUGAUGAGAGCAAGUUCGCUCACAAGAGAAAGUACAAUCGUGGACGGUGUGGCAACACUUGGCGAAGGAAUCGACAGUGGGUCUUUGGAAUGUUAGAAGUCAGCCCAACAAAUAGCCGUCCCAUUUUGAAGUUAGUGCGCACCCGCUCGAGAGCAGUCCUAAUGCACCACAUCAGGGCCCAUGUGAGAAGAAGGACAGCUAUAAUAAGCGAUGAAUGGCGUGCAUAUGCAGGACAACUAGAUAGAGCUGGCUACAGACACUACACUGUAUGCCACAAAAAUGUCUUUGUUGACCCUGAUACUGGAGCCCACACCCAGCACAUUGAACGGGCAUGGGGUACAUUCAAAGUGGAGGUCUGGCGGCAUAGAGGGAAUAGAACAACAGCCCUCUUGAAAGACCACUUGAAGGUUAUUGAGUGGCACCACUGGCUAGCCAAAAGUCAUCGUCAUUAUGUAUUAGGACGGCUCUUUCAUGAUAUCAAACAAAUGAACCAGUUAUUAUAA